AUGAGACCGGAAACAGAGCACUCGCCACCAGAUCGUCCGUGUCCUCGGUGGGGCGAACAAGAUGACAUAGAACACGGAAGGAAUUACAGAACUACUGAUGGAUACUCUAAAUGUCGUUCAAACUUUGAUGCUUGCCAUGAACUUCCGAUAGAACAUGAAGUGAAGUACUUAGAAGGAUUUGCCUAUCCAAAACCAUUUGAAGUUUAUAUGAGAAGUCGGGUAAAGGAUUUACCAGCUCCUACAAGACGUGUAGACCGUGGUGAACAUUUGGAGAUGUUUCCCAAGCAUGAUCCGAGCAGACAGGAUGGACAAGGUCAGUACAGGUUGUCAGAAGCAACAAGAAAUUCGCUUGAAGCAACCAGAUGUAAACUGUAUGAAAAAUCUCGAUACCAAAUUCUCCUUCCCGGCAAAUAUCAAGCCAAUAAAGAAAACACAGAAAUACAGUUAUUCAACAUUAACCGGAUACAGUGUCCUAAAACACCCAAACACGAGGAGUGUAUCCAAACGCGACAUACAUCGAACGCUGCUUUAUUUUCACGAUUUCCGCAAAAAGACGACAGUUUAGAAAUUAAUGAUAAUGAUGUCCAACAUUCAUGUUUUCGAGUCGAUGACUUCAAUCAGAACUUCCCAUUUUUAUUGUCUUCUAUAUACAACUAUAGACUACCAUCUUCUCUACAUCAACCAGACGACCAUUUGCAAGAAGAUUAUUUGUCAUUACUAAAAUUGCAAGAGAUGGCAGAUAAAAAGGAAGUUCUACAUCCACAAAGAAUUUUUCAUAGACCAACAGUUCCAGAUAAAAUUGGCGUAUUUAUGGACUCGGUGAAAACAGAAAUGAAUAUAUGUGAAUACGAUAAAACACACCAAGAGACGGUCAGCGAGUCGGUUGUUCGGGAGAUACCAGAACCUUGUGUUGGGGAAUGGGAAAACUCGUCAGUUUUACACAAACUGAAGCUAUCGGACAAGGCUGGAACUCAACAAAGAUAUCACAGCCUCCACGAGGAACCACUACCAGAUCUUAGAGACAACGGAAAAUAUUCAAAACGAGUCAACUUUUAUGGAUUCAAUUCAUCAGCAUUUAGAGGUUAAUCUAUGCAUUCAUUUAGAUUACAAGCGCAGGAUAUUUGUGAAAACAGACAGUUACAAUUAUAAUUGUACUGGUUUGAGCUUACCUUCUAUAUACUAUAUCAAGAAAAGACUCAAACAUCGACAAU